GAUUAUGAAGCGAACCCCUCUCUCGGCAAGGUUCAUGACCUCACCCCUUUUGAGGAUAUUCUUCCAAUCACUGAAGCAACAUAUCAACAUGGAAAUUGACAUCAUCCAAAGAAUUACCUUAGAAUAUAUUCAUAACCUCAUAACUCAAUUUAUAUCACAGUAAUGCGAAAUUUGAAGUUUUUCCUCCAUAACAAUCUCAUCUACCAAACCUCGUUAGUUCCUAUUCAUUCUAGUCGAAAUAUGCGUUACACAGGAUCCUGCUACUGCCGCGCCAUAAAAUAUACUUUUAACGUCGAACCAUCCGAAGCCAGAACAUCUCUAUGUCAUUGUCACAAUUGCAAGGUACUCCCAUCCCUUUUCAUUUUCCUUCAAGAUUUCCCACAAUAGCACUCCCUUGCUCAUUUUGAAAAAUCACUAGAAAUUCUUUGGCACAAACUACGGCCUGACAACUAAAAUCCCCGCCUCAUCAUUCAAAAUUAUAGAGGGCGAGCCCAAAGUCCACGAAGCGGAUAAUGGGUCUGGGAGUUUAUUGCAUAGGGAAUUUUGUGGUGUGUGUGGAGGAGGAAUUUUGGAGUAUGGGGUAAGCCCAAGAUAUCUCGAUUAGGAAAUGAUGGGGAGGAGGACUGACAAUGGGAUGAAUUAUAGGAGCAAGCUAAGGAGCAUUUCAGAUAUGUGAUGUAUGGAACUAUAGAUAAGCCGGAGGGUUUGGAUCCAAAAGGAGAAUUCUUCUGCAAGUAUAGGGAAAAAUGGAUGCCGGAGAUUGAGGGUAAGAUACCAAGUUUUCGAUUAUGAAAAAUGUGAGGUUAACAUUAUUUUGUAACGAAUAGGAAUCUUUCAUAAGCAGGAACUCAAAGAAUGACUGGUUGGAUACUAGAAAUAAAUAAUUAAAUAAAUGCAAUUUUUUGUGUGUAGAAGGGUAUUCGGAAUCACGAUUACUUCCUGUUGUCCUUACAUUUUCAUCUUUUCCCUCAUUCAAUUUCCUACUAUAUAUUCUCAUGAUAAUUCUCUAAGAGAUUUUUAUCAAAUAAUCUAAAAUGAUUAUACUUAUACUUAUACUGUAAAAAUGGUAGGUCGAGAUACGUGCAUCCCGAUAACACAC